GAGAGCUCCAGCCCAUCAGAACGCACGCUCCUACCCGGCAGCCGGGUGUCCCCAAGAAGAGCUGGGGAUCCGGGGCACAGCUGAGGCUUGUGGCUGCUGGGUACCCAAGCUGACCCGAUCAGGAGACUGGAAGCUGGGCCGAGGAUGGCCUCCCAGCGAGCUGUGCAGCUGUCUCUGAGAAAGCCUGCUCAUGCCGUGUGUGUGAUAGGUGUGGAGACACUGGUGGAUGUGUACAGUGAUGUGCCCAAAGGCGCCAAGACCUUUGAGGUGUCCGGGAGCUCUGAGGUGAAGAUCUACAUGGUCUACGAUCCCUCGAGAGUGGCAGAGCCCGCAGGCCGGGCCCACUGGCCCCUGGAUGGCAAUGUGGAUGUGGUGGUGGUGGCAGACACAGUCAGUAAGAACUUACACGACCUCAAGGUAAAGGUAUCGUACUUCAAGUCCCAGGACACUGCCGCCCUGGCCCACAGCCUUCUCUACCUAACCGCUGUUGAUGUGUCCCUUGAUGUCGACACAGGCCGCACAGGCAAGGUGAAGAAAGGCUCUGGUGACAAGAAAAACUGGCGCUGGGGCUCUGGGGGCUCCGGGGCCAUCCUGUUGGUGAACUGUGACAGAGAUGUGCAUGGGUCCAGAGAGGACCUGCACGAUAGCCAUUUGAGGUCACUGGAGGACCUGCAGGACAUGUCCCCAAUGGUGUUGAGCUGUGACGGCCCUGAUGAUCUUUUUAAGAGCCACAAGCUGGUCUUGAAGGCAUCUUUGCCGGAUUCCAGAAGACUGGGGGUCUUUUGUGCCCGGGGUGGGACCUCCCUCUCCAACUACAAACAGGUGCUUGGGCCCCGUCAUAACUCCUAUGAGGUGGAAAGGCAUCCAGGGGAGAGGGACAUUCAGUUCUACGUGGAAGGACUCGCCUUCCCUGAUGCCAGUUUCUCAGGGCUGCUGUCUCUCAGUGUCAGCCUGGUAGACACACGGCCCCUCUCCGAGGUGUUGGUCUUCACGGACAGCGUGACCUUCCGAGUGGCCCCCUGGAUCAUGACCCCCAACACCCAGCCGCCCCUGGAGCUGUACGUGUGCAGCGUGACAGAUAUGCAUGGCAGCAAUGACAAGUUCUUGGAGGACAUGUCCCACCUGGCCAUGAAGGCCAACUGCAAACUAGUGGUCUGUCCCCGGCUAGAGAAUCGCAAUGAUCGAUGGAUCCAGGAUGAGAUGGAGUUUGGCUACAUUGAUGCCCCUCACAAAUCGUUCCCUGUGGUCUUUGAUUCCCCCCGAAACAGAGGCUUGAGGGACUUCGCCCUUAAGAAGAUCCUGGGUCCUGACUUUGGAUAUGUGACCCGGGAGAUCCAGUUCGCAGGUGCCUCUGGCCUGGAUUCCUUCGGCAACCUGGAUGUGAGCCCGCCAGUGAGGGUGGGCAACACAGAGUACCCCCUCGGCAGAAUCCUCAUCGGUGGCAGCUUCCCUAAGUCCAGUGGGCGGCGGAUGGCCAGGGUGGUGCGUGACUUCCUGCAUGCGCAGCAGGUGCAGGCUCCUGUGGAACUCUACUCUGACUGGCUUUCCGUGGGCCACGUGGAUGAGUUUCUGAGCUUCGUGCCCACCUCUGACCAAAAGGGCUUCCGGCUACUACUGGCCAGCCCCAGCGCCUGCCUCCAACUGUUCCAGGAGAAGAAGGAGGAGGGCUACGAGGCCAAGCAGUUUGAUGGCCUCAAGCAUAAGACAAAGAGAAGCAUCAAUGACAUCUUAGCUGACAGGCACCUCAGGAGGGACAGUGCGCAUGUGCAGAAAUGCAUCGACUGGAACCGUGAGGUGCUAAAACAGGAGCUGGGCCUCUCCGAGAGCGACAUCGUGGAUAUUCCACAGCUCUUCUUCCUGAAGGGAGCCUACGCUGAAGCCUUCUUUCCUGACAUGGUCAAUAUGGUGGUCCUCGGCAAGUACCUGGGCAUCCCCAAGCCCUUCGGGCCCAUCAUCAAUGGCCGCUGCUGCCUGGAAGAGAAGGUGCGCUCCCUGCUGGAGCCGCUGGGUCUACGCUGCGUCUUUAUCGACGACUUUCUCUUUUACCACCAACUGCUUGGAGAGAUCCAUUGUGGCACUAAUGUGCGGAGGAAACCUUUUGCCUUUAGGUGGUGGAACUCCGUGCCCUGAGCCUGCCCGACCACCACCCUCGCUGCCCUGCUGAUGAGAACCCCAGAGCAAGGGCAAGGGCCACGAACCAGCUUCCACCCUCCUGGAGCCUGAAAGCGGACUGACUACUGUGGUCAGCUGGGCUCCCGGAGGACAACACCCUUCUUCGAUUCUGGAGUCGCCUGUCCAGCCCAGGAGACUAUUGACACUUUUCCUUCACCCUUUCCCAGCCAGAGCCCCUAGAGGGUCAAGGUCGGAAGCUAAGCCUGUAGGCCACGCCUACUUUGAGCUGUUUUCCCCCUCCCCUCUGGACACCUCUCUGAUGCUGUUUUAGAAAUGCCCACCAUGGCCAGGACCCUGGGGCACGAACACCAUGGUUUCAUAUGACUCCUGGAUUGCGUAAGAUGAAAAGGAAGAUUUGGGGCGUCUUUUUUCCCAGAGAACCUCAGGCCAUGGCCCUCUGGCACCCUUCAGCUCAACGUAGGCAAACAAAGGCAGGAAAUCCCAGUCCUUGAAAGCGGGCAGGCACAAAAGACCCUAUAAUGCCCAACUCCAUCCAGUCCAACCUCUGCAGAAUGCUUGUUACCUGUUGGGGCAGCCUUUAAUUACGAGCCCUGGUGCUUCCUGUUGGAAGAUGCUGCGGGGCAUAGGGAGGCCCUCGGAAGUCUGCAAGCG